UCUUUGUAGUGCAAAGGAAGAAGAAGCAUCAGGAUAAAGAACAAAACAACAUGCAUGAAGAGAUUUCCUUUUCAGUUCUAAAUUUUGAUGGAAAAUCAAUGUAUGAGGAAAUCAUAAGAGCAACAGAAGAUUUUGAUUCCAUAUAUUGCAUUGGGAAGGGAGGACAUGGAAGUGUCUACAGAGUGAAUUUGUCAUCUGCCAGUGCCAACAUAGUGGCCGUGAAGAAACUCCAUCUCGUGUGGGAUGGUGAGAUAGAAUUUCAGAAGGAGUUCUUAAAUGAAGUAAGGGCACUAACUGAGAUAAGACAUCGGAAUAUUGUGAAGCUCUAUGGUUUCUGCGCACAUAAACGACACUCGUUUUUGGUAUACGAGUAUCUUGAAAGAGGUAGCUUGGCCACAAUCUUGAGCAAAGAGGAAGAGGCUAAAGAGUUAGGGUGGAGCAAAAGGGUGAAUAUCGUAAAAGGUGUAGCUCAUGCCUUGUCUUACAUGCACCACGAUUGCUUGCCACUGAUUGUACAUCGUGACAUCUCAAGCAAGAACAUUUUGUUGGAUCCUGAAUAUGAGGCCUGUGUUUCAGACUUUGGCACUGCUAGGUUUUUAAAUCCAGACUCAACUAAUUGGACUACCGUUGCAGGCACAUUUGGCUACAUGGCACCAGGUAAUUAG